AUGGGCCUCGCCAAUUUUGGUCCCGUUCCGCCACUCCCCGGUUCACGGCUAGCUCAACCCGCUUUCUGCGGCUUUGCGCUGAAAAAUAGCCGAGAGACCUCGCCCUCAUCUCUUUCUCUCCCACGAAUCGGUGGGAAAAUGGCGGCCUUUUUCGUCUCCUCGCCCCUCUCGCUCUCCCGCUCCCCUCUUCUCACGAAUCUCUUCCAUCUCACUAAAUCCAAACCCCUCGUUUCUUCGUCCUUCGCUCUCCCACGCCGCCAUCCGUCCUCUAUUCUUCAAAAUUACCCUCUCAGAUCUCUAUCGCCUUCAAAUUUCGCUGCUGGUGCUCACACUUCUACGGCGCUGAAUCGAGACGAUCUCGUCGUUCUCGGGAUCGAGACGAGCUGCGACGAUACAGCCGCAGCGGUUGUUAGAGGAAAUGGAGAAGUCCUCAGCCAAGUUGUUUCUUCUCAAGCAGAAUUGCUUUCGCGCUAUGGAGGUGUUGCUCCUAAAAUGGCUGAAGAAGCACACUCGCUUGUUAUUGAUCAGGUUGUUCAACAAGCAGUAGAAAAUGCAAAUUUGUCAGAAAAUGAUCUUUCUGCUGUUGCAGUUACUAUCGGUCCAGGUCUAAGCCUUUGUUUGCGGGUUGGUGUCCAGAAAGCUCGAAGAGUAGCUGGGACAUUCAAUUUGCCCAUCAUCGGAGUCCAUCAUAUGGAAGCUCAUGCUCUUGUAGCCAGGCUGAUGGACAAGGACCUGCAAUUUCCAUUCUUGGCUCUUCUUAUUUCAGGUGGACAUAAUCUCCUGAUUCUUGCUCGUGACCUUGGUCAUUAUGUUCAGCUGGGAACAACAAUAGAUGAUGCUAUUGGUGAGGCAUAUGAUAAGACAGCUAGAUGGCUUGGCCUUGAUAUGGGGAGAGGUGGUGGCCCAGCUCUUGAGGAGCUUGCUCGGGAAGGUGAUGAAAAUUCUGUUAAAUUUAAAAUUCCAAUGAGGCAACACAAGGAUUGUAAUUUCUCAUAUGCUGGUCUGAAGACCCAAGUUAGACUGGCUAUAGAGUCUAGAAAUAUAUUUACAGACAAGAGUUCUCUUUCUUCUGAAAGUAGUCAUGACAGAAGGGUGCGAGCAGAUAUUGCUGCCUCCUUUCAGCGAGUAGCCGUACUUCAUUUGGAGGAUAGGUGUGAACGAGCAAUUGAAUGGGCAUUGAAGAUUGAUCCUGCAAUUAAAUGCUUGGUAGUUUCAGGAGGUGUUGCUUCAAAUCAAUAUGUUAGAAGUCGUCUCCAUCAUAUUGUAAAGAAGACUGGUCUGCGCCUCGUAUGUCCUCCUCCAAGCCUUUGCACUGACAAUGGUGUCAUGGUUGCUUGGACUGGAAUUGAGAACUUUCUAGUCGGAAGAUAUGACCCUCCACCACCAGCCAAUGAGCCCGAAGAUUUUAUGUAUGAUUUGAGGCCGAGAUGGCCUCUGGGUGAGGAAUACUCGCAGGGUAAAAGUGAAGCGCGCUCCUUGAGAAGAGCCCGUGUACAUCCAUCGCUCACAUCUAUCGUCCAUGGAUCUAUUGAGCAACAAGUAUAGCUCUGUAAAUGCUAGCUGAUCUUACUUCUGAACUGUCUUAUAUUAUCGUAGGCUAUUUUUUGAGUCAGCAGAAUCAUCCAGAGUACUUUGCUGAUAAGAUGUAUUUAUGAACUUAAGUUCCUGGAAUGAGAUGUACUGAAUCAGGAUUCACUCGUGUUGUAUCAAUAUAAGAAGAUAAUCAUGGCAAUAAUAUUCUCUUAUACUAUCGAUUUU